CCCUCUCUCUCUUCUGUGACUUCACUUCGAUUAAACCCUGGCGUCGGCUAUGGCGGCACCUAGCACGAAGUAGCGCCGUUCGACGUCUCUCCGCAACGAAUUACUGACUCAAGGCUCUGGUAAGCGUCGACCCAUGAAAAAAAUGUCCGAACUCUGAUGGCACUGAUGAUUCGCAGCAGAAAGUCAAUCCCUCUCAAGGUAUCCCGCCUGAUUAAGGGUCCCGGCUUGUUGUCUUCGCCUCGCGCCAGUUCACAAACACCCGGUCCGUUCACAUGGCGGGUCGGUGAGUUCUCCAGAAAUUACUGUUUCUUGAGUUCUUUCGUGGGGCGUGGAGUUAAAGUCCCCAGUUUCGGGGAAUACCCUGGUUGUCAUUCUUUUAGGAGCUACUGUUCUGGGAUCAAUAGUGGUGGUGAUGGUGCUAAGUCGAGCGAGUGGACUGAGGAAAUAGAGUAUUUAGAUGAAUCGGGUAGUGUCAUAUACUCCGGUAAGGGGGUCCGGUCGGUGGAGCCGGGGUUGGACAAUCAUGUGCUUAUAGGCAGCCUCAAGAAGCCGUUGGUGAACGCGUCGGCGGUCGCAAAGAUCGUCGAGGUUGUGAAGAGGUGGAAAUGGGGGCCCGAUUUGGAGACCCAGUUGGACAAGCUCCAGUUUGUGCCGAGCACGACUCACGUCGUUCAGGCGCUGAAGGUUGUUAAAGAGAGCGACGCGUCGUUGAGUUUGUUCCGAUGGGCGAAGAGACAGCCGUGGUAUGUCCACGACGAUGAGUGCUACCUUGUUUUGUUUGACGGGUUGAAUCAAAAUAGGGACUUUGAUGGGAUUCAAUCCUUGUUUGAGGAGAUGAUCUCCGGUACAACUGGGGCUCCUUCUUUUACAGCUUAUAACAAGGUGAUUCAGUAUUUGGCCAAAGCGGAGAAAUUAGAGGUUUGCUUUUGUUGUUUCAAGAAAGUUCAGGAUGCGGGUUGGCAAAUUGAUGCUGAAACUUAUAAUUGCGUUAUGAGCUUGUUUUUGAACAAGGGCUUGCCUUACAAGGCAUUCGAGAUAUAUGAGAGUAUGGAAGGGGCAACAAGUGUGCUGAAUGGAUCCACGUAUGAGUUGAUGAUACCUAGCUUAGCAAAAUCAGGUCGACUGGACGCAGCCUUUAAGCUGUUUCAAGAGAUGAAAGUUAGGAACUUUAAACCAAGCUAUAAUGUUUUUGCUUCACUUGUUGAUUCGAUGGGGAAAGCUGGGCGGCUGGAUACCUCUAUGAAAAUUUACAUGGAAUUGCAGGGCUUUGGUCUGAGGCCAUCUGCAACUAUGUAUGUCUCUCUGAUUGAGUCAUUUGCGAAAGCUGGCAAGUUGGAUUCAGCGAUUAGGCUGUGGGAUGAGAUGAAGGCAGCUGGAUAUAGGCCCAAUUAUGGCUUAUACACGAUGAUUGUUGAGUCCCAUGCAAAAUCAGGGAAACUUGACAUUGCAAUGUCUGCCUUUGCAGAUAUGGAGAAGGCUGGGUUUUUGCCCACCCCAUCUACAUACUCUUGCCUCUUGGAGAUGCACGCUGCAUCUGGACAGGUAGAUGCUGCCAUGAAGCUGUACAAUUCGAUGAUAAAUGCUGGUCUGAGGCCUGGCUUAAGCACUUACACUGCCCUUUUACUUCUCCUGGCUAAUAAGAAGCUUGUAGAUGUGGCUGCUAAAAUACUUCUCGAGAUGAAAGCCAUGGGGUUUUCUGUUGAUGUGAGCGCUAGUGAUGUCUUGAUGGUUUAUAUCAAAGAGGGUUCUGUUGAUCUUGCUUUAAGGUGGCUACAGUUCAUGGGUUCAUCUGGAAUUAGGACAAAUAAUUUUAUAAUUAGACAGUUGUUUGAAUCUUGCAUGAAGAACGGCUUGUAUGAGUCGGCAAAGCCUCUUCUUGAAACCUAUGUGAAUUCUGCUGCAAAGGUGGAUCUCAUACUUUACACUUCGAUUCUGGCCCAUCUUGUGAGAUGCCAAGAAGAGCAGAAUGAGAGGCAUUUGAUGUCGAUUCUUAGUGCCACGAAGCACAAAGCACAUUCGUUCAUGUGUGGGCUCUUCACAGGCCCUGAACAGAGGGAACAACCUGUUUUGUCAUUUGUGCGGGAGUUCUUCCAGGGUAUUGAUUAUGAACUUGAAGAAAGUGCAGCUAGAUACUUUGUUAAUGUUCUUCUUAAUUACCUUGUCCUUAUGGGGCAAAUAAAUCGAGCACGGUGCAUUUGGAAAGUCGCAUACGAGAAUAAGCUUUUCCCUAAAGCAAUUGUUUUUGAUCAGCAUAUCGCUUGGUCACUUGAUGUGAGAAACUUGUCUGUGGGAGCUGCUCUAAUAGCAGUUUUGCACACGCUGCAUAGGUUUAGGAAGAGAAUGUUGUAUUACGGUGUUGUUCCAAGAAGAAUAAAGUUGGUCACGGGGCCCACUUUGAAGAUUGUAGUUGCGCAGAUAUUGAACUCUGUGGAAUCUCCAUUUGAGGUGAGCAAAGUGGUCCUUAGAGCUCCAGGGGAUUCAGUCAUGGAGUGGUUUAAGAAACCGAUUGUUCAACAGUUUCUUCUGAAUGAGAUUCCGUCGAGGGCCGACAUUCUCAUGCACAAGCUGAACACGAUAUUUCCUAGUUCAGCGCCAGAGAUUAGAUCUCUAUCGCCGCCCAAACCGCUCAUGGUUAGGAAGGCAGUUUGAAUGUAGCAAUGCUUUAGCUGUAACUUGUUAAACGAAUGUCAGUUGUGAUUGUGAGGAAUCUCAAAUUAUGUUAUACAUAGCACAUUGGGAUUACAAUGUGCAUUUCAUAUUGGUAGCUUGCCUAGCUGCUUAA